GUUUAGACAGAGAAAGAAGGAAAAGAAAGAGAGGGAGAGAAAGAGAAAGGAACUCACUAACUUAAAACUAACUUUGUGCUGAAGUUGUUCAAGGAAAGAAAAAAAGCUGCCAGAAAAAAAGUAGAGCAAAAAAGUAAAAGGGAAACUCCAGGUUUUCAGUUGCAUUUCGACUAGGGAUUUUACAGCAGUUUCUACAGAUGCAGAACUACAAAUACGAUAAAGCAAUGCCUGCUGACAACAGAAAUGGUGGGACUCCAACUCUGAAUAACAAGGAUCACAAGAAAGUUAUGUUGAUCUGCCUGGAUCUCUUUUGUCUAAUACUUGCUGGCCUUCCAUUCCUGGUAAUCGAAACUAGCACCAUCAAACCUUAUAAACGUGGAUUUUACUGCAAUGACGAGAGCAUCAAGUACCCCUAUAAGAACGGAGACACAAUCAGUGAUGCUGUGCUUUGUGCUGCUGGUAUUCUAACCACCAUCCUCUCUAUAGUAUCAGGAGAGUGCUACCGUAUCUACUACAUGAAAGAACGUCCCAAGUCCUUUAUUCGUAACCCAUAUGUGGCCGCUCUGUACAAACAAGUUGGCUGCUUCAUCUUUGGCUGUGCCAUGAGCCAGUCCUUCACUGACAUUGCCAAGGUGUCCGUCGGACGCUUAAGGCCGCACUUUUUGGAUAUCUGCAACCCGAACUUUUCAGCAAUCAACUGCUCCCACGGUUACAUCACAAACUUUGAGUGCAGGGGGGACGAAAGCAAAGUGCUGGAAGCAAGGAAGUCGUUCUAUUCAGGACAUGCUUCUUUCUCAUUGUACGCCAUGCUCUACCUGGCGUUCUAUCUGCAGGCUCGGUUCACAUGGAGGGGAGGUCGGCUGUUACGCCCCUUGCUGCAGUUCACCCUGCUGAUGAUGGCUUUCUACACUGGGCUGUCUCGUGUCUCAGACCAUAAGCACCAUCCCACGGACGUUUUGGCUGGCUUCGUACAGGGAGCCCUGGUGGCCUAUUUCAUAGCUUUCUACGUCUCCAACCUUUUCAAGCCCAAGAUGAAAAUCCCUGCUCCCCCAGGCCGAAGGGAGAUCAUUACACCCGUGGACAUCAUCGACCGAAACAAUCACCACGGGAUGUGUUAACCGUGCGGGUUCCAGACCAGGCGAAGAGAAGCUCCUUUUUUUUAAAAUUUACGAAUUAAAAAGAAAAUAAGAAAACACACGCGAAGGAAACGAGAAGAAAAGGAAAGGAAAGAAAACGAGAGGGAAUGAAGCUGGUGCGGAGAAUGAAAAAAAACUAAAAUAGUGACUGAGGAACAGCAGGUUUUGCUGUUGACUAAUCUCAUCAGACAGUAGAAUGUAGGGGAGAAAGACUAUUUUUUUUUACCCUCAAUUCUUUUGGGGGGUGGAUGUACCUUAGCAACAAUUCUAACCCAAAUGGCUAAGCCACACACAUCUCACACGCACCCACACGCAUGCACUCACGCACGCACGCACACACACACACGCGGACACAAACACACGUGCGGAAGGCAAUAUAAACUUUUAAAAAGCUUGUGAAUUUCUUUCAGGCUGGUCUAAGCUGACUUGCAGGUGAAAAGGAAAUAAGUUUUGUCCAACAAAACAAUCUGCAAAAAAAAAAAAAAGAAUUCUUUGUUUUUUAUAUACGUUUUAUAUAUAUAAAAAAAACACCCUACAACAAUCAGAACUAAACUCGUCACCCUGCAGGAAAAUCCGAGGGCGUUUCAUUGUAAAUGACAAGUGGACUUCCGCUUCAAACCUUCAUAUUUUAUAUAUAAAUAUAUAAAAAAAACUAAAACAAGAUAACUAUGUAAAAUAUUAUUUCCGAAGCAACUUAUUUUUUAGAUAUUUUAUCCACUGCCAUUAAAACUGUUUAUAUGUGUCUCGACCUGUGUUAUUUACAAAGUGCUGCUUAAAAAAAAGCAUUGUUUUUUUUUUAAAAAAAUUGUACGUAGACAACUAAACUAUUUUAAGCUUUUUUUUGGAGGGGGAAUAGGGAGGGGAAAAUAAUUUUUUUGGAUUUUUUUUUAACCUAAAAACCUACAGCUCGAACCACUUGCAUCCAUAAUAUCACAAUACAUCAUUUGUUAGUCCUGUAUAUUUUUUAUGUUCUUGUAAAAAAAAAGUUGUGUUUAGCUUUCAAAUCAUUUAAAUUUUUUUUGUAGAUUUCAAAAUGUUUCAUUUGACUGUGUUUUUCCUCGAUUGUAUUUAGCUGUAUUUUUGUCUAUGUGCUUUUAAAAUAAAAACCUCCUAUUGGACAGUA